UCCAUGUAACAGCAAGAGAAAUGAUACCCAGUAGUUAUAUGUUGAGAGACUGCUUACUAAAGAUAUAGUCAUUUCAGUAUGGAGAACUGUACAACAGACUUGGACUUAAAGGCUUUCAACCAUACAAGGAUGGUUUUCAACCAUACGAGGAUGAUGCCUAUGCACGGAUCGCUAUUUUAUACGAUUGUAUUUAAACUGCACCUUUACAUUCAUCCAGUAUUAUGUAUUGCCGGUGUAAUAGAAAACACCAUUUCAGUCGUAAUUUUCUGUUCAAAGUCACUAAGAAUGGUGUCGUCAAACGUUUAUUUAGCGGCUCUUUCAGCGACGAGCAGCCUCUUCUGUGCUGCAAAUUUUGUGGUGUGGCUAGAGACAGUUGAUGUUGGUUUUUUCCACCAAGACGUUGUGUGUCAAACGAUCAUCUACUCUACCUAUAUCUGUAGCUUUUUAACAGUAUGGUUCGUCGUUUGCAUUACAUUUGAAAAUUUUCUUAUAACUGUGAACAUCAAGUGUGCUGUAACCGUGUGCACAGUUAAGAAAGCUAGAAUAAUGGUAUGCAUUUUGACUGGACUCGCUUUUGCGUUGUAUACAUUUUCGUUAUGGACAACAAACGUGAUGCACAUUGGAGGAAGUGACCAUUGUGCAUACGAAAUUAAAUUCGAACAGGUACUUCACAUCUUUACCUAUAUCGACAUCACUAUUACGUCUGUUUUACCGUUUGUGUCGAUGGUGAUAUUUCUUGGAGCUAUCUACGUGAAAUUAAUCCUGAAAAGAGUAUCAAAACAACCUAUUGCAACAUAUCACCAGCCCAGAAGAUGCCGUAGAAACAGUAAGCGGACAUACCAAAUGCUGACAAGGAUAACUAGGGUGUUGCUAGCUAUUGGCCUGACUUUUACCGUUUUUUCCUUUCCAACCAGUGUAAACAAAAUACGAAUUCUGGUCUCGAAUCGACCAACACCAAGUUUUUUGCACGUGGAAUGGGCCAUCAACCAGCUUUGCUUGAUAAUAUACUACUGCUCGUUUUGCAUUUACUUUUUCAUAUACUUGAGAUUUAGCACAAACUAUAAGAAAGUUUUAUUAAGAUAUGUUUGCAAAUAAUCGCUUGUGAAAAAAUUACAAAGAACAUGUGUUGACAAUUGGCCAUAAGUAUUGCGUCUUUCGUUUGGUACUAGUAGUUCUCAUAUUGAUAUGCGUGUUUGACUUCACCACCAAUAGUUUAUAGGCUAUCGGACUGGAAGUGUUUUCGUCUACAUUGUAUACAUUGUACACACAUGAGACUCUAAACGUCAUUUAAGUUAACGUUUUUGAAGAGACAGUGAAUGUGGGGUAAUCCCACUAAAGCAAUCAGGAGACAGAAAAACAUUCUGAUUUUGGAAAAAUAGUAUUUACUUGAGUCAACUAUAUCUUUUAAAAAGAUUGAAAAAAUUCAUUUUUCUUACGGAGUAGAUUUUUUCUAGAGAUUGUAUACGUGAUGUAAUAUGAUGCCUAAGAAUUCUAAACAAGGGUUUUAUCGGCAAGAUUGAUAGUAUUUUUUAAUUGGCAAAAACACUAAAAUAUCAUUGGAUGUUUUUACUUAAAGAUGUUUCAAUAAACCUCAAUU